CAUUUUCAUUCUGCAGAGCGAGUGACCAUUUUUUCAGUAAGCGCUUCAUUUCAUCGGUCCUUUUCGGUUUUCAGUCGUCUCGCGAUGAGGUAAAAAUGGCGAAAGCAGAGUUAUUAUUUAAAGCCGUGAAAAUCUCACGGGUUUUCAAUUCGAAAGAAAACGUCGCCAAGUUCAAAUUCCCAGUUAGUUUGUCAAUCGAAUAUGAUCCCCUCGGAGUCAUCGUCAAACUUCACGAAGGCUUGGACAACCGGGGAAAUGUCGUAACUGAAUUUCCAGUCAGCAAGCUAACAGAGUGUGCAAGAGUGGGCUCAAAUAGUUACAUAUUCUCCCUCGAUGGCGAAAGUCUACUCUUCGAAUUUCAAUCUGAUGAAGAUCAGAAGAAAUUUCACUCUAUCGUCACAAAAGUUAAAAUCGGGCAAAAUUCAUCCGUGUUCAGCGAACGAACCGAUGACUCCUCCGCAGCUCAAUACUUCCAGUUCUAUGGAUAUUUAUCUCAGCAGCAAAACAUGUUGCAAGAUUAUGUCAGAACAAGCACAUACCAAAGAGCUGUCUUUGUCAACAAUAACGAUUUCAAAGACAAAGUUGUUCUGGAUGUGGGAGCAGGAUCUGGUAUCCUCUCAUUUUUCUCCGUUCAAGCAGGUGCUAAGAAAGUGUACGCUGUUGAAGCCAGUUCUAUGGUUCAACAUGCAUCUACCCUGGUUAGCUCAAAUAAUAUGAAAGACAAAAUCACAGUAAUCGCAGGGAAAGUUGAAGAAAUUGACCUGCCUGAAAUGGUAGACAUUAUUAUCUCGGAGCCAAUGGGCUAUAUGUUGUACAAUGAGCGGAUGUUGGAAACAUUUCUACAUGCAAAAAAAUGGCUCAAACCUGGCGGUCUAAUGUUUCCCUCCAAAGGUGAUCUUCAUGUGGCUCCAUUCUCUGACGAAGCCUUGUACAUGGAGCAAGUUAACAAAGCUAGUUUUUGGUUACAAACUUGUUUCCACGGUGUAGAUUUAAGCUCUAUGAGAGACGCAGCAGUGAAAGAAUAUUUUAGGCAGCCUGUCGUGGAUACAUUUGAUAUUAGGAUUUGCACUGCAAAAUCCAUCAAGCACUCUAUAGAUUUCCUAGCAGCCAAUGAAAAAGAUCUUCACCGAAUAGAAAUACCUCUCGAAUUUCACAUGUUGGAGUCAGGGACUGUCCAUGGUCUAGCAUUUUGGUUUGAUGUAGCAUUUAUUGGAUCAGCGUACACAGUAUGGUUAUCGACCUCGCCCACAGAAGCUUUAACGCAUUGGUAUCAAGUGCGGUGUCUUUUAGAAACUCCUAUCCUAGCAAAAGCGGGACAACUUUUAGUCGGAAAAGUCGUGCUUGAAGCUAAUCACAGGCAAAGUUAUGACGUGACUAUUGAACUAAUAAUUGAAGGCUCUUCAUCUGGCGUGUCUUCAAAUACUUUAGAUCUAAAAAAUCCAUACUUCAGGUAUACGGGCCAACCUGUCGCACCUCCACCUAGUAUCAACACAGUAUCUCCUAGUGAAGCCUAUUGGUCACAUCUCGAUCAGCAAGGUGCCAGAAAUGCAUUGAAUGUUGUGAAUAGUAUUCCUGUUAAUGGUCUAAAUGUAAAUGAUGUGGCAAUGGACGGUCUGUACAAUCAAAACGUCUUUAAUAUAAGCGAAUACUCCUGCCAUGAUCGUCAGUAUUAAUCUCGUCUGCGGUGGAGACGCUCUUCCAUCCUCUUUCUUCGUUCUUUGUGUGUCAAUGUUCAGUUUCUUACGUGACUUUCUCUCUUCCUUCAAGCUAUUCCUUGUCUUGAACAUUGUGACAUUUCUUUUAAUCCAAAGGCCUCGGCCAGUACAAUGAUGAAAGAGAAGAAGUAGCAGUUAAAAUACUACUUUUGUAAAAUCUAAAAAUGGCGUUUGUGCAGAAAUCAUGUACCUGCAUCGCAACAUUCAAUUGAUAUUUUUCUUUCCUAGGAAUAGCAACUGAUGCAUAAGCAGUCGCUAACUAUCAACUUUAGUCACUUUGAUGCAAUUUAAAAAUACAGAAUUUCUCGUUAAUCAUCUCCAGUAAAAGCAACCAUGAGUUGCGUUUGGAGUUGUCUUAGUUUAACAUGAAAUAUUUCAAAGAUUCUGCAAAAAAAUAAGUUUCUCCAAUCUUGCGUUCCCUUUGCUCAAGCUGUUGUCAAUUUUUUGUCGAGUCAAAAUUUGGAAUAAAGGUCUGCCCCUUAAGAACUAAAAUACAUCUCAGAGGUUCCAACAGACCACUUAUAAAGGAGUUCCUGAUGAGCAGCUGGCUGCAUGCAUAGUGUUCAUUUUGUGAUGAACGAUUCUGUCAGCCUUUUUUGCAAAAAGAGUAAGAAGCCUGCCCAAAGCAAUGUAGUGCGCGAUUUUAUUCAUGUAGACCGUCGUUUUUCUUGUGAGCAGAAAAUUCAAAUUUUUUGCAGCCAAUGUUAUAAUGUACUUGUUAAUAUGUUCGUAUGGCGUUGAUUUCAGCAAUUUGCAAUGCAUUGCAUGCGAAUUGUGCUCCACAAGAAAGGAGGGGUAUCGAUAAGGACUUUUUUUGGGCUCAUUCAGAAUUUCUUGAACUCAUCGAUCCCUUGCUCAUUAGAAGUCUACUUUGUACGGAAUGAUUUUGUCAUUUUUGGUUUCUUUUCGGGUCUAAUACCUAAACAUGAGUCUUAAGGCCGAUUGUGGCAAAAAAUGCGGAUUUUUCGGCAUUCGACUGCAAACCCUCAAAACUCGCAUUUUCCGUUGAAAUCUGCCUUCUGACCCAGCUCUAGACCAGUAUUAGACUGGAAAAGAGACAAAAAAUUACCAAAUCAUGAUAAACUCCGUAAAAUAUAUACCUUCAAUGAGCAAUAAAUUGUCGAGUUAAAAAAAAAUCAGGGUGGGCCUGAGAACAGCCCUUUUCGACACCCCUCCUUUCUACCUUGAGUAAAGGUCCAUAUCACUCAUCUUACUUGAAUCCCCUCGUAAGUUUCAAGCCGUGAUUUUUGUUACUAUCCAUCACGAGUGAACAGUACUAGAGGAAAUAUCCAAAAUUGCAGUGGAGGUACAAGAUUUUGCACUUUAAGCACUUAAUACCAGUGAAAUUUAAAUUUCUCAGAAAUGCUUGAAAAUUGUGAGCUCUUUCACCCUUUCAGUAUCAGCUGAAAGCAAGUAUGUUUAGUUUCAAAUCUGAUAAUUUUUUUCUCUUUUUUUUUCCAAUUCCUUUUACUUUCCUCUAAUAGGAGAGAAGUAGAAUAAUUACUUAACCUUUCAGUCCUGUCAUGCAAUAUUCAGAUGCAAUACAGGAAGUUUCAUUAACUGAUCAGGCUUUAAUUACUUAGAAGAAAUACGCUUCCAGUAGUUUAAAUAAAGUAAUCAAGUUUUACUUUUUUUCUGAAUGAUAUAACCGUAAUACAAUUUAUCAGUAAUUUUCGACAGUAGUUAGUUUUCCUGGAACCAGGAUAUACCUUGAAUUUAUCAGGUCGUAAACGUCAGAACUUGAUGAUGCAAUAAUGUUACCAGAAACCGUACUAUUUUUUUACUGGCUUUAGUGAAUCAUUGAUAGCUUAUGAGUAUUCGUUCUUUGAGCCUUUAUCCCAUUCUGCUCUGAUUUUAUCUUUGUCUACUUCAGUACUUCUCGAAAGUGUUGGAAAAAGUAUUGAGGUCAAUAAACUGAUUGAGUAACUAUGUCAUUCAAUAUCCAAUAUAUUCGGUGGUUCCACUCAGAAGGACUGUUUUGAUAUUGAUCGCUUGGCUGCAUUUUGGCAGCACACUUUAAUGGCGAAAGAUUGUAUGAUGUAGCCACUAAAUAAACGUAAAAGGAAGACAGGAGAGCCUUAUGUUACCACUAUUUCCCUGUGAAAAGUGUAAAUGUAGACAAUGAAAACCCAGAUAUUAGAUUUUUCAGCUCAACUCAUCUCUUCAUCAAUGAUACAAUACAUGAUUUUAAUAUUUUUGGAUCUCUGUAGAUAGCUUUAAGCGCAAGAAGUAAAGGUCAUUUAAAUUAUUUUAGCGUAAUAUAACUUGUUAAUGGAUCAGUUGAUCCUUCAAUGCAGAUUUCAUCUCAAAUAUUCCGCCCGUAUUUACAUUUCAAACUUGUCCUGUCAUUAGAAUUCUUCAAUAUACUCCCCAAUACUAAUAUCCAAAACGCAGGGAGUUUGCCUAGUCAAAUGAAGAUGUUUUUCUUUCUUAGUCACAAUAAUACUCAGAGUUUUCCCUCCUAAAUGUUAUGUGAUUUCUCAACGUAAGGUUAAAAUAUUUUUGAUAGUUGGCUCAGUUACUUUGAAAUGCUCAAUAUUGGGUUUUGAUGUGAAAAGUUUUUCUUUACAUCUGUGUAAUUUUCCAUAAGAAGGAAGACAGCACACAGCCUUCUCAAAAUCAGUUUUGCAGAAUUCAAAGAAAUGGCCUUUCCCUGCACUUAUUUUUAGUGUAUUUCACUUUAAGUUCAGUUUAUUAUCUUGCCUCUUUAACAACAUUUUUUCUUCAGUAUAAGGUAUUCUCUAAAAGUGAGGACCUUCAUCUUUGCCUGAUACCCUGUGGUAGGUAUCAAUUGUUUAAAGAGACUGCUGUAGAGAGGCUUUCAGUGUUGAUUGAGGUCUAAAAUGGCCCCUGAAAAAGCCUCUCUGUUAGGAAUUUUCUGCAAGUAGAAAUAGUUUGCUGUGUACAGAAUUUACACUAUCUUGUCCUUGUAACAUCAAGUGAGAAUCCCUAUAAUUGAAUCGGUCAAUCACAAAAGGGCUCAAGUGCCAAAAAUGAGAAUUCGAAAAAAAUGGUAGUAACCGUUUUAAUGGACCCCUUAUACAUCUCAGAGCUCUAAAAUAUUUAAGUGAUGAAUUAAUUAAUCUGCAAUUUAAAACGGGUUGGUUUAUACAUUUUCCACUGUUUUUUUCUUAUCUUUAUGUCUGGCGCUUAAGCCCUUUUGUAACUGACCGAUUCAAUUUCUGUACGCUGCCUUUUUUGGGAGAGAGUGCAAAAUUACUCACAGAGUCUCAUCUAUCCCAUUGUCAGACUUGCCAAGCAAUCUUUAGGGUGAGACAAUUUUUCCAAGUGCCGGGCAUACCUGUCCUAUGAAAAAUCAUGUUUGUCAAAAACUAUCAAUCAGAUUAUUCUCCUCAAGAAUUGCCAAGUUAGUAAAUUUUUCUGGCGAAAAAGUUUUGAGCUACUGAUUUUAGGAAACUGCCAGCUCUAAAGUCUUUGAAUUCUGCUCAGAAAUAGGUGUACUGCAUGAUUUUACUCUUCUGUUUGAUGUCGAUAUGAUGCGGUGUUUUAAAUAAAAGGCAAAAUUUGCGUUCUCUUGUAUCCAUCAUUUGCGUGGAUGGCAGAUUGCAGUAAAAAAUUCCCCUUGUUUCUUUUACAUUCAAGGAAUUCCGUUUUUAUUAUUAUUAUUUUUUAGCAUUAAUAAUCUCUGCAUUCUGCCAAUCCUACGUAUUGCUUUUACCUCCUUGUUUUAAAGCGGAAUGUUUUUUAUACUUUUAUUCGCUGUAAAUUGCUUUUUUACUUUGUUCCGAAAGAAUCAAUCAAAUAGACCUGAAUCAAAAAUU